AAAAUCAAAAUGUAAAUAAUAACAAAGAUUUUUUAUUAUAACAGAAACAGAGACAACCUCUGAUAAUAAUCAUUUAAUGAAUUUGUUGCAAUAAAAGUAUUAUGCAGCCUGAGAAAACUCCUUCCUUUGCACACAAAUGUUCUUUAUGUUUAAGUACUUUCACAAGAAAGAGUAGUUUUAAGCGUCAUGUUCAAAAUUUUCACCCAGACAGAGAAGAUGAACUCCUUCAUGAUCACAAUAAAAAAUUUAAAUGUGAUAAAUGUAAUAAAACCUUCACUUAUAAAAAUAGUCUGAGACAGCACAAAAGACGUAUACACAAAGUUGUAAAUCCAAUUUCAAAUUUUCAACAUGUCUGUGUUUUUUGCAAAUAUACCAAUUGCGAAAGAUGCAAUAUUAUCAAACAUUAUGAAGAAAAUCAUCACAUUGGCAUUGAAUCAGAAGUUCAUGUUUUCAAAGAUAAGAUAGAAUUUGAGAAGUGGAAAAAAGAAAUGGAAAAGCAGACAAGUGCAUUCUUUAGAAAAACAUGUAGUCAUAAUGACCCUAGAAAUGGAUUCAAAAAAUUUAAAUUCUUCUGUAAUAGGUCAGGCUACUAUCAGCCAAAAGGCAAGGGAGUGAGAAGAAUAAAAACACAAAGUUUGAAAAUUGGUGGUAUCUGCCCAGCUGAAAUAGAUGUUGUAGUAUAUGAUGAUGGAAAACAUUUUGUCAAAUAUGUGAAAACCCAUUGCGGUCAUAAAAAUGACUUCCAGGACUUACACCUGAGUAAAGAUCAAAAAGAAUCUAUAGCUGUGAAGAUUGCUGCUGGAGUACCUUAUAGGAUAAUUUUGGAUGAGGUCAGAGAUUCUCUCAAGUCUGAUACAAAAUUAGAAAGGGCCCAAUUGAUUUCCAGAAAAGAUUUGUACAAUAUUGCAAAAUGUUUUCAAGUCGAAAAUGAACUCAAGGUUCCAGUAGAUGGAUUAAGUAUUGAAGAGUGGGUGAAAGAAAUGAAUCUAAGAGGUAGUGUUAUAUACUAUAAGCUCAAAGGUUCCUUCUGCAACUUGUACAUAAAUCUCCGUGAUGAUGAUUUUGUUAUAAUCAUUAUGAAUCAGUGUCAAUUGGAAAUUCUAUUGAAAUACGCUUCCAAAUGUGUAUGUAUUGACAGAACACACUUUCUGAAUAAUGAUCAGAUGGAAUUGAUCUCAAUACUUGUUGUGGAUGAUGAACAAAAAGGAUUCCCAUGUGCAUUUUUAAUUUCGAAUAGAAUAGAUGAUGAAACAAUAUCUAUAUUUUAUACAUGUAUCAGAGCAAAGAUUGGAAAAAGCCUGGAAACUACUACUUUCAUGUCAGACAUAGACAGUAUAUUCUAUUCUUCUUGGUUGGAGGUAAUGGGUACACCAUAUUCCAGAUUUUUCUGUCCAUGGCAUGUGGAAAAGUCUUGGAGAGAUAUUAUCCAAAAAAUAAAAUCAAGCAGCCGACAAUCUGAAGCCUUCGAACACUUGAAGUUCUUACAACAAAUAGAGGACGCAGAGGAUUUUGAUGAUAGCCUGGAUGAAUUUCUGGAAGUUUGGACAUUAAAAGAGACUAUUGAAUUCUCUUAUCAGUUUCAAACAAAAUUCAUGGAUAAUCGUAUGUUUUGGGCUCAAUAUUACAGAACUCGAGAUGAAAUAAGCCUAUGUACAAGUCUGAACGAAUUACAUGAAGAAAUAUCGAAGUUAUUUGUUUUUGGAAAAAACAAGAAUCGACUCAAUUCGGCAGUGACAUCACUGAUGAACUUUGUUACUAAGAGACUACUUGAAAAAGUUUCCAGAAGUGAGAGUGCAUCCCAGGAUAAUGCUUGUAUUCUGGGAAAACAAAAUGUUGUGAACCAGAAAUAAAAUGACGUUACAGUUUUUCCAUGAUGUUGGAAUAUUGUACACUGUUAGUGAUGAUAUUUAUUACGAUGAUCUGCAUUAAUAUGUUCUCCGAAGUCAGAUUGUUAUAUUUUGAUAUUUGUAUUGUUUUUUUUUUAUCCAAUAAACAUGGUUCUUUUUUCAAA